GGUUCAGUACAUUGAGCUGAAGAAAGGGCAGUGUCUUUCUUCUCUUACAUUUAGUCAGUUUGUUAUUUGCGUGUCACAGCAUGGCAGUGCAGUUAUGCUUGACCUGGCAGAGGCAGUUCUUUCUGGAGACAUAGAUGGAUAAUAGAAAUUAUUUCUUAAAAAGUGUGGUUGGCUGAAAUCACUGGGUGAUAGGGAUGGGGGCUCGCUGUUAGUUAGUGUGUAAAUGUUUGGUAAGCUGCUUCAACGUGUGAUCAUGUCUCUUAUGUUCAGCCAAGUGCGAUAACUGACUAGGACUUUCAGGUAGAAGUAGCUGAUGGUGGUAUAUACAAUGAAUUUUGAAUGGAUUUCACUCAGCAAGAUAGUUCUUAACAUAAUAACUUUUGAAUUUGCAAGAGUUUGUGUUACCAUGCUGAGCAAAGAGUGCUCUGAGUUACAGGUUUCGUUGUCCACGUCUUCAGUGGGUGUUUGCUGAGAGUCAAAGUACACUUCUCCCCUUUUCAGGUUCAUUUUCUCUGUAGCUUUGCCAUAUUCUCUCUUUGCAUAAACAAAGCAGAACUUCAGUGAACUUUGCACAUUUUUUUAUUUAAACUAAGGCAUUAAACUAGUGUCCUGAGCAUGAAGUUUGCUUAUCAAGUCUGAGCAGCUGAAAGUAUUUAAAAAAAGAAGUGUGUAUUCCAUAUUCAUUUUCCAUAAUUGGGAUUAAUCAAAGAGUAUAAAAGUCUAGCUUAAAGUCUAUAUCCAUGGCAGUUUUUAUUUAGUGACACACCAACUACAGUUGGUCUAUCAGGUAGAAUUUAGUGUGUAGGUCACAGAAAGCUGCAAGAAUUAACUUCUCGCUUAGCCUGCAUGUGACAGUGGUGCCUUUUCCUGCCCUUCUAAACUGCUCACCAGGUUUCUUUUUUAUUUGAUCUUACUGCACUCACCUACUUCUAUUUCAUUUUCCAUAGUCGUAGAGGGAGAACUGUCUAAGAAAUGCAGAAGCAGGACAGAGGUACUGAAAGCUUUGACACCAGGUAGGCACAUCCUUUAACUUUGUGCAGAUUCAUGAUUUGAUGUGUAUUAAUUGCUCUUUGAAGGACAGUAAUUUACUGGGGAGGGUGGAGAAGACGAGCAAGGGGCUGAAGCCCUCGCCUGAGAACAGUUGGCUGCAGGCGCCAACAAGCACUGCUAUCUUGUGCAACCUGAGAAGUUGCUCAAUUCCCUGAAGUUUCUCAACAAACAGGGAAGAUUAGGAAAAAUAGAGAAACUGACAGAUAUGAACAGGACAAUGAACAUGCUGUGAGCUCUUAUUCCAGAAGAGAGACAUUCAGUGUUGCAAGGGACAGUGGUUGAUCCUGCAGUGCUUCCUGCUUUAUGCUGCACUGAGGUCCAAAUAAGAAAUUCAUCCGAUUCUUUAUAAACAGGAGUUACUUGGCAAGCGUCUGUCUUCUGGUUUCACAAAACAGCUUUAACAGAAACAGCUUUUUACUACCAACAAAAGGGGAGCUUGUUCCUUGCUCCCCAUCUCUCUUCCCACUCCUGUUGCUUGUCUUUCACGCGCAUCUUCUGAGAAGUCCAGGCAGAAAUGAAAUAGCUUUUUUGCAGUCCUACUAACAAGCAUUGUUAUAAGCACAAACUGGGAUGCCAGCGUUGCUUGUUAUUGAAAAUCUGCACUUUACAGUAUAUUUCAAACAACAAAGUAUUACAUUUGGGACAAUAUUUGUAAGCACAUCAUAAUACUUAAUUACCAGGGACCGUGAAGAAAUUCCUUUGGAAAACCACAGCUGCAGAUUUUUUCAAAGGGUAAAAAGUUGUUGUGUACUUAGGAGACUCUCUGUAUGCCUGCAGACACUUCCAGUGAGGUGCACGGCUGUUAGCAGAGCCACUUGGUGACUGCUAGCACAAGCUUUGUGCCAGCGCUUCUGGGUUUGGCAGGAGGUGGAGGUGAGGUAGGGCGGCAUUAGGAGUAGGUGAGGUCAGCGCGGGAACAGCAGAGUCUGUGAGAAGUUGGGGAGCUGCCGGCAGGGAUUUCCCUUCAUCAAGCUCUUCUGCCUGUGUUUGCCACAAGCAAUUGGAAACUGAAGUUAACUGGAGAUGCUAAUUUCAGGUGGAAGGGUAUUUGAGCAGAGCGUAGCCACCUUAGUUCUGUGGCUUGUCCGGGACUUAAAACGGUUGCUUUCUGAGUCUUGUUUGCUUUUAUGUCACAGUUCUUUAAGUUACGGAGUGGCAGGAGAUCCUACAGUAAAUGGUUUUGUGUUUUGAAUAAACAACGUCUGAUGCCAAUCUUAUUUAAAAUGUCAUGGCUUGUUAUUGCAGUUGGUCUAGUUCGAGCAUACCUGGCUAAAGGUAGCUACCAUAGCCUUUACUACUCAAUAGAAAAGCCCCUGAAAUUCUUCCAAACUGGAGCUUUGCUUGAGAUUCUGCACUGUGCAUUUGGCAUUGUUCCCUCCUCUGUUGUUCUGACUGCUUUCCAAGUGAUGUCAAGGGUUUUCCUGACCUGGGCAGUAACACAUAGUGUAAAAGAGGUACAAACAGAAGAUAGUGUCCUGUUGUUUGUAGUGGCCUGGACAAUCACUGAGAUAAUCCGUUACUCUUUUUAUACCUUUAGCUUGUUAAACCAUCUCCCUUAUCUCAUAAAAUGGGCCAGGUACACGUUGUUUAUAGUAUUGUAUCCAAUGGGAGUCUCUGGUGAAUUGCUCACAAUAUAUGCUGCGUUACCCUUUGUCAGGCAGUCUGGCUUGUAUUCCAUUAGUUUACCUAACAAGUACAAUUUUUCUUUUGACUACUAUACAUUCCUGAUCCUGGUUAUGAUCUCGUACAUUCCAAUCUUUCCCCAGCUCUAUUUUCAUAUGCUACAUCAGAGGCGAAAGGUGCUUUCCCACACUGAAGAACACAAGAAGUCUGAGUAAUUCCAGCUCUUUCAGAACUUUUCAAACAUCAAAAUGCUGCAGAUUUUCAAUACCAAGCGUAUUUAUAACGAAUAUACCAAGAUAAACUAAGUCAGAGGUAAAAGACCAAUAAUUUAGCAAGAAUAACCAAUAAAUCUGAUUUCACUGAAAUUCUACGAUGUAAAACAUGCAAAUAACUUUCAGCUUGCAGUGCUCCAGAAAACUUCUAAACUUUAUAUGGCUUGGCAGGUAGCCUUUUACUUUUCCUUAAGUGAUGUGCUAAAAUGGUUUUAAUUUACAACUAAAUGCCUGAAGGUUACAGUAUGAGUGAUGAAAUUGUAUCCACUAAAUGCUUGAAUUGGGAUUAUAUCGCUGAUACCUCCUCUUUUUUUGAAGUUUUUGACUGCAUGCCAGAAACUGUAUGUAUUGCUGUGGAAGCAAACAGUAUGCUCUGGAAUGCUUUAGGAUUUUGUCAGAGACUCCAGUGGAGAAUGUAAUCUGGGCAGUGUUUGAACUUAGAAAGGUAGGUUAUGUAUUUAAAAGGUGAUGAGAACAAGAACAGGAAAGCAAUUACGGGAAAUGAGGGGAAUGUGGUUUGUUAGGAAUUUAAACAGUAGGGUGUCUGACCAGAGUGUGUUCUUUGAAGAUCUUGUUUAAGCUGAUUACUCAAAUGCUUGUUAAUUCAGAGGCUAUAAUGCUUAUCUGAAACAUUAAAACUCUAAAUGCUGCAGCCCUGGAUACUUUAUUGAAUACUAAAAACAUAAAAAAUACUAACUGUAAUAUUUCUAGUGAUAUCAGUAAUUAAACAAUAUAAGGAGGCAGGUCACCCAGAAAGAGGUGCAGUUCUCCCUUUUUGACUUUAAAUUAUCAUCUCUAAUCAUUGUCCACUAUUUCAGUGGUACUUAUCUUUCAGUGCUAAGAACUAUUUGGUCUACUGUGGAAUCAUUUGAGGGCUUUGUUCCUCAACAUGACUUUUCGUAAGUGACUAAUGUGUAUUGCUUUGGCACAUCCAAACAGGUGCUUCCAGGCACUCGGCUUCUGAAACGUUGCAAAAAAAACCUGAAUCAUAAGUUCUUUUAGUUCUUUUUUUUGAAAGCAUAUUAUCUCAUGUGUUACAUUCUGCUUUUGCAGAUUGGACAAGCUUUUCCUCAUCUGCUCUUCUGAAAGAGCAGAAGAGCUUAGAAAGGUAGAUUUUCCAAGGUCUUUGCUUUGGGUUCUCAGGCUAAACCUUGGGAAGGUAAAGCAGAAAAUGAAAGGAGUGAGAAAGCCAUGUGGUGAAGCAGAUUCCACUAAUGCUGCGUGAACAGUGGCCCAAUUUAUGAACAGACUGUACUGGGAGGGGGUGAGAAAUGGAAGGAACAAAGGGACCAGGGAGAUGAAUGGACAUCCCAGCAAAGGCAAAAGGAAAUGUAGCUAAUGGUCUUUGCUCUGUCAUGUAUUGAAAACGAAACAGUACUGACCUUACCCGAAUAGAGCCACUAGACAGCAAAACAAGGGCUUCUCUGACUUCCCUCUUGUAACAUCGUGAUUUAGUGCAUAAAUCAGGUGUGACCAGGAUACCUGCAAUACUAGUCUUGUGUUAUGCCUGCCAGCACCUACCUCCCCCUGGACAUGAUCCAUAUCUGUGUCCCAAUUAUUUGUGCUCCCAGUUCUCCCUAAACAUAGGGCAGUAAGUACUAAGUGCACUGUGUCUCUGUUCUAGUACUGGAGGAGAGCUGCAUUUACAAUACUCUUCUUUUUAUAUUUGUCAGAGCUGUAUUUGAAAAAAAAACCUGUAUUUUUCAGCAACUUCUUUUGGCUCCAUCAAAAAGCCUGACUGAAUAUCCCUAGCACUCAGUAAUGUGUAACACCUUGCAUGUUCAACACAAAUGGGUCUGGUGUAGGUAGGGAGAGGGUAAGAGACAGUAACGAUCUUAGCUUCUAUGUUAAACUUUUUGCAGACAGUUGUUGGCAGUAAUCAAAAAUACUGUAGCAACAUGCAACCUCAGAGUGCUUUUUGCCUUCAAAGAUGCAACAAUUCAAAUUCAUUUCUGUUGGGCUAUGUAUUUCUUUGUUCUGGUUAUCUGUGAGAAAUGUUGCAUUAUACAUAACUCAUUGCUCAAAAGUGUAAACUUCCACCUCUGAACAAAAUAUAUUUUGCUUGUACACGCUCUAAAAGAGGUUAGUGGCAGCAUUUCUGAAGAAUGUCAUCUAAAAGAUCUGACUUCAUGAUGUACUCGGGUUACUGGAUGUUGUGGAUGCUUAGCUCCUGAAGGUUUUGUUUGAUUCUGUGCCUACAUACAAGAUUUGGAUUCAAGUUUGUAGUUCCACUUUGCAGAAGAAAUGUGUAAUAAUUCUGUAUGAAACAAACUCUAUUGAUGGAAUGGUGUACAGAUCUGUAGUAGGUAGCACGGGCACUACAGAGAAGCAGGGAGAGCUGCCAAUAGGGAGAAGGUUUGUACCACCAGCCUCUUUACUGAGUAAGCUUUAUUAUGAAACAGUUAAUUGAAAAUAUUAAUUGGCCAUUAGCUUUUUAAAGAAAAAGGAGUUCCUUUUCCUUCUAAAAGAAAAAUUAAAGGAAGUUACUUUGAUAGUUGGAAAUCUUGUCCAAAAAGUAAUUAAAGAAACCGUAUCUUCUGAAGUAUGAAACAUUUAGUAUAUACAAGAAUUCUAGCACUUCAGCUUACAGUGCUUUUUCAAGUUAAGUUUCCAUGGAAAUCACUGGAAGGUGAUCCUGAGUAAGAACUGUAGUGCAAUUCCCUAAUAUUGCUGGGGUUUUUCCUAAUGCUGACUUUGAUCAAAUGUGGGUUUUUUCCUUCUCAUAAAAUAUGAACAAAUUUCCCCUUUUCUGUCACUGAAAUUGUAAUGUGGUAUGUGAACUUUAUAAUAAAAGCGUUGAUUAGUACUCUCUUUCACAAAUCUAGAAGUUUUUUUUUCCCACAAACUAUUUACUUGGCUUGCAUGUUUUCUGUGAGCAUAACCAAACUGCUGCAGCAGACAUGUUUUCUGCCUUGGUAGUCUUUGGGUUGCGUGCACUCUUGCAGUUGACAACACUUUGUUCUGCCAUGCCAGCUUUGACCAUGUCAGUCAUUACCUUCUAAAAGACCAAGGUUCUUACCAGUGUAUAGUUUACAACUGGAAUUGUAGAAAUGUUCAUAUUGUAAAUUACAGUAAGAUGCAGACUACGGUAAAUUGUAAUUUUUCACAAUGUGAUGUUUCUAUCCAAGUUUUUUUAUUUAUCACUAGAAAGGUUGGCAUUUGUGUGGACCAAUCUGCAGUGUCAUUUUAAAACCUAUUUUUCAUCUUAAAAUUUUCAUGAGUAUACAUCAAAUCAUGUGCUUUGAUGUAUAUUUGUUGGUGAAAUUUGGGUGAAAACUAUAUACAGUCAUUUUUGUAUUUUUUCUAUGUUGUGAAGAAUAAAAUUGUAAUUUUAUAAGUCUGAUUCACUAAGAUUAUUAUAAGUUAAAUGUAUUUUUUGUAUAUUUAGGAAUCUGGUAUUACCUGGAGCUCUGAAAGGUUAAGCAAAGACUUUUUAUGCAUGUUUGAAAGAUAUUUCUACUUGACAAUGCGGUGAAAUGGUUUGUAUGCGAAAAUACUAGUCUGUGUUGUUGCCUUGUGAAAUUGAUUCUGUGUUCUCUGCCUGGAUUUGGUCUACUGACCAGUGAUACUAAUUGCUAUAAUCCAAAUAAAAUAAUUCCAAACAAAA